UAAAUUAUUUUUAUAAUUUCUCUAUUAAAAAUGCUAUUAAACUUUGCUUCAACAGAAAAAAAAAAAGAAAAGGGUUAUUUAUUGGGGUUACCCCCAAAAUGCCUUGAUGGAACCAUCUAAAGUUAGAACUCCAAAUAGGAGGAGUCUGGCUAGCAGGUGGCAGAACACAUCAUCCUAAAUAGUGAUUCUGCAGAUUCAGGGUACUCAACCCUGAGGCCCAGUGCUCCAGACUCCCAGAAGGAAAGCCAAGUAUUCAGUAUAAACCAUGUUGUUUGUAUUAACAAUUAGGCAUAGUGAGCCACUCACCAAUUCCGAGAAUGCUUGGAACCCUCCUGAAAGCCAGGUUCCCAGCCAAGGUGCCAACCUUGUAAGCAAGCCUUUCGAAGGUUAGCAGUGAGGCCUGCUAAGUUCUCUUCUGCACACAGGGUUAACAAAGUUGACAUCUAAGCGCAGAAUGAUUGUGGAAUAAGAAUAACAAAGCACAUGUAAAAGUUGAUCCAAUCUGAACAGACCAGUGACAGUCUUUUCCUUGCCAGGAUUUCCCAAACCUGGAAAUUCUACAGCACUAGAGCCCGAAAAGCCUUCCAGUGAAGUAGGGUUCGGAUCAAAUAAAUUUGGGAAACAUAGCAUGCCUGCUUUGCCCUUAGAGGAUCUACACAUCUGCAUAUGAAAUGUUCUGGGAAAGUCUCUAAUAUGGGACACUAUUAAAUUUUGUUUCACACAGUGUUGCUCUAUUUUAUUUUAAUGGGAAGCUCCCCUGAUUUAACAUCCUCACUGGGGAAACCCUGCCCUACCCCUUUAUUUGAGGAUACCUGACGUUUCUGCAAGGAAGAGGAACUGACCUUGGUGAUCUUUUGUAUAAGCAUUAUUACAGUCUGCUGUGUAUGUGUAUGUAACAUAAAGUGUUGGAGUUCUUAUUGCAUAAAGUGGGUUCAUUCAUUCUCAGAAAUGUCUUUUUCAUAUAAGCCCCAGUUAGAAUCCCUGGCAGGCACAGCUGUGGAGAGACAUGAACGCUGACACAUACCAGUAAGCAGCCUUACAAAGAGAACAUGGCUAAGAAGGCUCAUAUCUGGUCGGCGGAAGCAGAAGUGGGCUGUGGAUCCGAGAAACACUGCCUGGAGCAAUGAUGAUUCCAAGUUUGGCCAGAGGAUGCUAGAGAAGAUGGGGUGGUCUAAAGGAAAGGGUUUAGGGGCUCAGGAGCAAGGAGCCACAGAUCAUAUUAAAGUUCAAGUUAAAAAUAACCACCUGGGACUUGGAGCUACAAUCAAUAAUGAAGAUAACUGGAUUGCUCAUCAGGAUGAUUUUAACCAGCUUCUGGCUGAGCUGAACACUUGCCAUGGGCAAGAAACAGCAGACUCCUCAGACAACAAAGAAAAGAAAACUUUCAGCCUUGAAGAAAAGUCCAAGAUCUCCAAAAACCGUGUUCAUUAUAUGAAAUUCACAAAAGGGAAGGAUCUAUCAUCUCGGAGCAAAACAGAUCUUGACUGCAUUUUUGGGAAAAGACAGAGUAAGAAGACUCCUGAGGAUGAUUCCAGCCCUGCCACUCCAGAUGGGAAUGCACCCUCCACUACAACAACCAGUGCCUUCACCAUCCAGGAGUACUUUGCCAAACGGAUGGCAGAGCUAAAGAAUAAGCCACAGGUCAUAGCUGCAGGGCCUGACCUCACAGAGACCCAAAUGGAAAGAAAAAGGGGAAAGAAAAGAAAGAAGGAGGCAAAAGAUAAAAAUGUGGAGAAUUACACCGAACCCAAGGCCAAGAAGAAAAGAGACCAAAUUGAAUGGCAGCUCAGAGACCCUUGUUGGGACGAGAAUUCUGGUGUUUCUCCUGAGGAUGGAGAGGAUUGUGUGUGGCCGCCUGAUGACCAGGACAUUGCCCCAAAGCCCAAAAAAAGGAAACAAAAGAAAAAGCUACAAAAGCAAGUUGAGGUAGCAGUGGAUGCUAUAUUAGAUGAAAUACCAGUGAAAAAGAAGAAGAAGAAAGGUCCCAAAUAAGUUCUCCAGAGCCAGGGCCUUCCAGCCACUCAGAUGUCAGGGCACCACGAGCAAACACCUUUGGCCUGAAGUCAGAACAAGAGUUCACCCAAGAGGGCUUUGACAUGCCCAGGGGUUGCUGAGUCUCGCCCUCUCAACCACGUUUUUCCCAGCGUUUAUCCAGAGAACUUUCUAAUGUUCCAAAUCAUGGCUCUCAUAAACAAAUAAAUUUCUUUUUAGACUGUGA